AUGGAUCGCGGCAGCCUCUACGACCAUGACAUACCCUCGCUAAGCGCCUCCCUCGAAGCCUUUGACCCAGAGCGCAGCAUGCAUUCGGCCUACAGCGGUCGCUCCAACAUGCACUCGUCGCGCUGGAGCACACCGCAGGAGGACGGGGACUCGGAGCCAGAAUCAGACGGUCCCUGGGCCCCGCCCGCCUGGCAAAAGUCGCACUCGAGCAAUCACUGGUACCGCAAGUCGCUGCUCGGGGAAAGCGCAUCGCGGGGCAGCCUGUCGCGCUCACCCUCCUUCUACCGCACCGACCGCGAAAUCACCCCUUCGCGCAUCCCACUCCCCGACUCGCCCCUCAAGCACACGCCGCGCACAAGUCCCGAGCCCAUUGCAGAGGAAGAGCGCGCUCAGCUGCCCGACAACAUUGCCUCGCGACUGCAGAGCCCGUCGCAUGAACCAGACCUGCGCAGCCGCGCCCAACAACAACAACAACAAGACGCCGCCAACGACGACCACAAUUACGACGAUGACGUGUUGCAUAGCGAAGACCCAGAGCAGACAGAUGGUUUCUUCCGCCUUGCCUUUCGAGGCGAGACCCUGUUCCGCACCGCGCCAAUCGAAGAAACCAUAUCCACCUUUGCGAGCAUCACGCGCGUCUUCACAAAAUCCAGAGCAAGUCUCGUUUGCACCCUCGCCAUGCUCUUCCUCUCCUGGCUCCUCGUACAUCCAUGGACGGCCACGCUGAUACCAGAUGUCGCAAAUGUCGCCAACAUGGCGCGCCAGUUUGAACCCCUCCUCUAUGCCUCGGAGAAUGUCAUACCACGGUCGCGCGAGCUGGGCGAAGCCAGUGUCGCCGUUCAGGACCUCGGCGAGAGUGUGCGCGCGACCAACAUGUCCGCUUCGACCGUCAUUGUAGACCAGCUAGAUGGCCUCAGCAUCAGCCUGCGCGUCCUCUCCGACAAGAUUCGCAGCUUCUUCACCAAUGUGGAUGGAGACAUGGAUUCAACCCCAAAUUCGGCGUCCUCGACACCGUCAUCGGCAACAUCCACGGCGGCCUCAGCAAAGCCGGCCUGCUAG